GCUGGGCCGGGCCGGGCGCGUAGAUCGCGCCGCCGCCGCCGCCGCCGCCGCACGGGCCAGGGCAGCACGGAGGGAGCUGAGGGAGGCCCUGACCAGAGGCCCGGCGGCGCCGGAGCUGGUGGGAGUCGGACCCAAAGCUCCCGUGGCUGCCCCGUCCCCGGGCCGGGUCAUGCGCUGCCCAAAGUGCCUUCUCUGCCUGUCAGCACUGCUCACGCUGCUGGGCCUCAAGGUGUACAUCGAGUGGACAUCUGAGUCCAGGCUCGGCAAGGCCUACCCUGCACCCCAGGGCACCUUGCCAGGCCCCACGACGGCCAACCCUGAGCCCACCCUGCCCACCAACCUCUCGGCCCGCCUAGGCCAGACUGGCCCACUGCCCUUGGCUUACUGGAACCAGCAGCAGUGGCGGCUGGGGACCCUGCCCAGUGGGGACAGCGCUGAGGCAGGGGGCUGCCAGGCGUGGGGGGCUGCUGCCGCUGCUGAGAUCCCUGACUUUGCCACCUACCCUGAGGACCUCCGCCGCUUCUUGCUGUCAGCAGCCUGCCGGAGCUUCCCACGGUGGCUGCCCAGAGCUGGUGGUGGCCAAGUGGCCAGCUGCUCGGAUACCGACGUCCCCUACCUGUUGUUGGCUGUCAAGUCAGAACCAGGUCGCUUUGCAGAACGACAGGCUGUGAGGCAGACAUGGGGCAGUCCAGCUCCUGGGACCCGGCUGCUCUUCCUGCUGGGGUCCCCCGUGGGCGAGGCUGGGCCUGACCUAAGCUCACUGGUGGCCUGGGAGAGCCAUCGCUACAGUGACCUGCUGCUCUGGGACUUCCUUGACGUCCCUUUCAACCGGACGCUCAAAGACCUGCUACUGUUGGCCUGGCUGGGCCACCACUGCCCUGAUGUGACUUUUGUCCUGCAAGUUCAAGACGACGCUUUCGUGCACACCCCGGCCCUGCUGGAUCAUCUGCAGGCCCUGCCACCCACCUGGGCCCGGAGCCUCUACCUGGGCGAGGUCUUUAACCAGGCCACACCCCUCCGGAAGGCUGGAAGACCCUUCUAUGUGCCUGAGUCCUUCUUCGAAGGUGGCUACCCGGCCUACGCAAGUGGAGGUGGCUAUGUCAUCGCGGGGCGCCUGGCACCCUGGCUGCUACAGGCGGCAGCCCGUGUGGCACCCUUCCCCUUCGACGAUGUCUACACUGGCCUCUGCUUCCGUGCCCUGGGGCUGGUGCCCCGGGCCCACCCAGGCUUCCUCACGGACUGGCCGACAGACCGCACUACGAACCGCUGCACUGUCCGAAACCUGCUGCUGGUGCGGCCCCUUGGCCCCCAGGACAGCAUUCGGCUCUGGAAACAACUGCGGGACCCACAGCACCAGUGCUGAGCCUCCGUCGGGGGGACAGACACAGGGACGGGGAGGGCUGGGCCUCUGAUGUGCCUGGGCCUCUUGCUCAGCCCCUCUCCCAGGCCUUGAAGUGAGGGAGGGGCGCCUAGAACCCGGACUGUUUGAGCCACUCCUGGGCCUUCCUGGCCAAGCAGGAUGGGGCCACAGACAGUUUCUGUCUACUUUUUGUUUUCUGAAAAACAUGCACUCCCCACUCUGA